AUGGACUCCGCCCAGCUCCUCCGUUUCAUGCGCACGGCGUGUCCGCUGGGCGCCUCGCUCAGCGUCCUCGUGACGCUCGUGAGCUGCGUCAUCAUCGUCAAGGUGAACCACAUUUGGGUCAGCGGACUCUCGUGGCCCUUCCUCUCCGACAUGGGGCGAGACUACCCGGCCUACUACGUGUUCUGCACGGGCCUCACGCUGGUCGCCACGCUGCUCGUGUUCACGUGGACGUUCAACUGGCGCUACCACGUGUCGGCGCUGCCGGAGGACGCCACGGCCUUCCGCGCCAUCUCCUUCGUCAGCUUCGUCGCGGGCGUGCUGGCCAACCCGGGGCUUCCCGUCCUGGCUUUCUUCGACACGUCCAAGCACGCCAAGCUCCACGCUGCCGGUGCCGAGUGGUUCUUCUACAUUGAGACCAUUGCUGUUCUCCUGAACGUACACCAUCGUGAGCUACAAGCUCUACAAGAUGCUGACCGGCCUGCAAACGGACCUGGAGAACGCAUGCUCGACCGUCGGCGCCAAGAUGCAGCGGAGGAAGAAAACGCUGACGAUCCAGCUCUUCUUCUUCGCGCUGUUCUUCGUGGCGUUCCUUAUCUACAUGCCCAUCGGAACGUCGGUGGCCCCGCCAUCGCAGCGUCUCUCCAUUGA